AUGCGCGUCAUUGCUGCCUUCGCUGCCCUCCUGGCUGUGGCCUACGCCUCCCCUACCUUGGAAGUUAGACAGCAGGGUGCGAACUGCGAGGAAAUCUUCUUCCCCGACAGCUGUGCUGCCCACAACCUUGUUGAGUGUGACGGUGCCGGCUCAAUCCGCAUUUGCUGCACCAGCUGCUACUAA